AUGCUCAGUCAAGAGACAUCGGAUUCCAACAAUAUAGAUUCCUUCAUGUCGUCAUUAUUGAACAAUCGAGGUCAAAUUCAAACACAAACACAAACACAGACCCAAAGUACAGAUAUUUUUAAAUCUCAACAAGAUACUCCUGCAACUUUGAUAUCAAGAGCUGCUAGACUAGAGUUAGAGUCUAUAACAUUAAAAGAAUCCCUUAAAAGGGCAGAUGAUUUAUUAAAAAGUUUGUCAACAGAAGGAGCAUUACUGAAAUUAAAUGCGAUUCAGGAUGAAUUGCAAGAAGUUAAAGAAGUGGUUGAACACAGGGAAACUAAAAUAGAUUUACUUGCUGUUGACAUUAAAUCGAUGGACAAGAAUAGCUUGAUUUUGAAGAGGGUCAGUGAGGAAAUUAACUUGGUCAAAGAUAGGCUAUUCGAUGUUGAUAUUGUUCUCAAAACAUUGACCAUCAAUCAAGAAAAUAUUAAUUCUCAGUUUGCAAAACAAAAUGAAACUUUAAAUGAACUAUUAGAGAACAAAGAUAAUAUAAAUGAUGGAAUCGACGAAAUUAAACAAUUUUUAAACUUAUUGUUACCCAGAUUUGUUAGUCUUGAAAGUUUAUUAACUCGAUCAGCUGAAUUAAAAAAUAGUACCAGUAUAUCACCUUUCUCAUCAGGUUUAUCACAAGAAACGAUUAAUAAAGAACCUCACCAAUUAAGGAAAAGGAGAAAAUUACUAUAG